UUGUUCCCUUUCGUUUAUUCCCGGCGUCGGGCUUCUCGCAACGGCGGAUAUAAAAAAAUCGUCGCUGCCCAGUGGGCCUCUUCUAGAAACGAGAAAUAUCGCUCUCCCUUCGUAAUUCCCCCGCCGCGUUCCAUUCCCCAAGGCCCAGUCCCACUCGCCUCUCUUUGGACUCCGGAUCGAAGGGGUGGGCGAGGAGUAGCUCACCCGGAUCUCGAUCUCCGCUGCCCGAUCAGAGCUCGCGAUCGAUCGUCGUCUUCGCGGGCGGCGGCGAAUCCGGCAAUGGCGUCGCAGUCGUACGUCGACAAGAUGCAGCUCCGGCAGAGCUACCGAAAUCUUUGGCACGUCGAUCUCAUGAGCACCAUGACAGCCGACUGCCCUUAUUGUUGCUUGGCGCUCUGGUGUGGGCCAUGUGUAUCUUAUAUGCUCCGCAAACGAGCUCUUUACAAUGACAUGUCAAGGUAUGUCUGCUGUGCUGGCUAUCUACCAUGUAGUGGCAAGUGUGGGGAGAGUCGAUGCCCAGAGUUUUGCCUUUGCACUGAGGUUUUCCUAUGCUUUGGUAACUCAGUUUCCUCGACACGCUUCUUGCUGCAAGAUGAGUUCAACAUACAGACGACUCAGUGCGAUAACUGCAUUAUUGGAUUCAUGUUCUGCCUCCAACAAAUUGCAUGCAUUUUCUCCAUUGUUGCCAUGAUUGUUGGAAGUGAUGAAAUCAAGGAUGCUUCCCAGACUUUGUCCUGCCUGGCUGACUUUGUAUACUGGACGGCCUGUGCAUGCAUGCAGACACAACAUAAGAUCGAAAUGGAUAAGAGAGAUGGUAAGUUUGGUCCAUCACCAGUGAUGGCAGUGCCUCCAGUCCAACAAAUGUCACGCAUUGAUCAGCCUAUUCCACCUCCUGUUGGAUAUCCACCCCAGCCAGUGUAUGGGCAAACUUACGGGUAUCCACCACCUCCUCAGGGUGGAUAUCCACCUGCCUAUUUCCAAGCCGAUUCUUACCCACCACCUGCUUAUCCUGCUGGAAACAAGUAGAGGGAAUUUGCAUCAAUAGGAAAACUGGGAUUUAGGUUGACAUGCGUAUAAGGGAAGCAUAAGAUUUUAGUCAUUUCUUGGUCUUCAGAUAUUCUUUUGAGGGGCUUACCUCUGUUUUCUGGGAGUACUACAUUCUUAGAAGUUCACGAUACAUUGAAUAAUGCGUACAAACAACAGUUUGAUCACUUUAUCUUCCAGAGUUCCUUGUCUAUUACUUGUACUGGCAGAAUCUUGGUUAUUAUGUUGUAUUCUUUUCCCUUAUCUUGACACACAAUGAUUCCAUGAUGUUACAUAGGAAUUUCUCUCUGCUUGUUUUCUGCAAAAUCUAAAUGACUUCUUAGUAUUUAUCAAUAUUUAAUGAUUGCAAAAACUUUAAUUAUUACUUAUAGUAAACUAUGUAGCAAGUUUGAGAAAAGUUUUAAAAUUGUCUUCCAUUUCUUGAUCCCAGGUCUUCCCGUUGUCUCUUCUUUCCGAAGCGCAUUGCAAAGUCGAGCACUUCAUAGUUAGUUCAGCCUUCAGAACAUUGUGCUCAUAGUUUGCUAAAAUUUAAGAAUGAAAAAUUCAAGCUAUUCAUGUUUGCAACUAGAAAUUUGUGAAAUGAUUAAUAAUCAGCAUAAUGGGAGUAUCAGCAACAUCGACUGGAAAAUAACGAAAUGCCUGGACGGUUCUACAACGGAAAAGAACUUUGGGUCCUGCUUGAGAUAAUAUAUCGAAGACAACUCGAUUUAUAUACUGAUAAAAUUAAUUUCAUGCUGAAAA